CUCAUGCCCGGCUGAUGUUUAGGGAUACUGUGACUGUGGAAGAUGCCAUAACUGUGGUAUCAGUGAUGGAAUCUUCUAUGCAGGGGUGUGCACUUCUUGGAGGCAUCAAUGCCUUACACACCUCAUUCCCAGAAGAUCCAAUGGCACAGUACCGUACACAAUGUGAACUCAUAUUGGAGCGACUGGAACUGCAAGACCUUCUGCACAGAGAGCUACAGAGACUUGACAGAUUACAAAAGGAAAAUUUAGGCCAGCUGCAGCCUGAACAGACAAGUUUCAGUACUACUACAAGAUGCUUGAACAAGGAUAUAUUUGGGCAAUCAAAGCAACUGGAUCAGUCAGAACCUUCAAAUCAACAAGAGAAUAACUCCAGGCCACAGCCUUCUUUGCCCAAAGGCAGCUGUGAAGGGCAAGAACAUCUAGAACCCUUGUGCGGCCCAGCACAUGGUAAUAGCAAAAAUGCAAACCACUUGAUCAGACAUAGUAGGAGAGGUGAUGAAGGCAGCUUGGCAUGGUUUGACAGCCUGGAAGAGAGCAACACUGAUGCUGAAGAAACUUUUCAGAAAAAGUCUCCAGUGCCCAAGAUACCUCAAAAUAACUUGACUUCAAAAGCCCUAUGUAAAACAUCCUGUUCUGAAGAAAGAAAUGCUUCAAUACCAAGGAAGGAAAAUGGAAUGAGAGAGUCACAAGCAACUGUGAAUCUACAUGCUCCUUUGGAACAGGACAAAGUUUCCAAGAUAAGCAGGACAAGGAUGGAAAAACACAACUGUUCUUCAGAAGCAAAUAUUGAAGACCCGGCAUCACCAAGUGCUAGUGUGCAGGAUUCGGUUAUUACACAACGGGUUUCUAAAAGCUGUCAGAGAGUGCACACGGAGAAAUCACAUGGAUUCUUUACAAGUACGCAGGACCCCAGGGCAAAAGCUUUUCCUUCUGUAUUACCUGCGUCUGGCCUGUCAGAUCUUUCAAGUGAUGCAGAUUCUGUGCUACAGGAGGAAAAGAACAGUGUAUCUGUAGCAGCAAAACCAGCAACAGUUUCCAUGAAAAAACGAAGUAAAGGUCAAGUAGCAAAGGAAACCAAGGUAGUAGGUUCCCAUGAGCCAGAAAUCCUUGAUGGUGAAAGUCCUCCAGCAGCUAAACUAGCUAAAUUUUCUUUCAGAGCAAGGACAAAACUUGAUCAUUCUUCAGAGAAGAAAAAUGAAGAAUUUUCUGUUUUUCAGAGUGAAACUAUUUUUAAGCCUGGAGAGCAGCUCCAGGGAAAGCAGCUGCUGGAAGAAUGCUGCCCCCCUGAGAAAUGCAAGAUGUCAUUGAGUCGCUUAGGAAAAACUCAUGUGGAAAAACGAUCAAUUGAUAAUAAAGGGAGAGAAGAGCUGAAAGAGAUCAGAGAAAGUGCAACAGUACGCUCUGAUGUCAAUUUUGAUGCUGUGUCAUCUCCACCUGCUGAAAAGAAAAAGGAGGGAGAGGAGAAGCUGAGUGGCCCCAGCACAGGGAAGGUGCGCUCCAGCACAUUAGCCAAACUGUCAACAUUCUCCUUUGCACCACGUCCUGAGUCACAAUUGGCAACCUCACCUACCAUUAAGGUUGACACUAACAAGGAAAGCCACAGCCUGUUGCUGAAGGUGCACAUGAGCAAUCCUAGCAGAAGGAAGAGUUUUGCAUUGGGAAAUGCUAGUAAGGCCAGUGUGGUCACACAGAAAUCUCUCUUCUCGAUAGCAGAGCUAGAUGAUGCUACAUUAGAUUUUGAUUGGGAUGAGGAGGUUAAAAAAGAUCCAAGCACAUAA